AUCAUCGGGCAGCAUUGUUUAUUCAAUCCUUAAUCAAAAUGUUCAAGGUAGCAGUUCUCUGUUUAUUUGGUCUUAUCUGCGCUGUUCAAGGCAAGGCCUUGCAGGGUCAGUACAACAAUUCCUACACCUUGUGCCCGGAACCCGAUAAUCCUGGAAUAUUGGUAGCCACUGUACAUUCUUCGAAUCCUCAAAGCUUCAUCACAGACAUUCGCAUUCCGAGAACAAGUGUUUUUGACAACCCAAUUAGCUGCAUCAAAGUAAUUGACAAUAAGGAUAACAGCUUCACCGAUGCUGGUCCCAUAGAAGGAGGUCUUAACCAGAACUUUAUCAAAUUUAGAAUUUAUUUCCUCAACGGUUGGUUGGACAACCUUCCGUUAUCGGUAGGAUUCGACUACACUUUCAAAAUCUACACUAAACCUCCUAAAUAAGGUUUAGAAAUGGUGUAAAAUAUUAUAUUUAUAAAAAGACGAAUAAUACAAAAUAUACAGAGUAUUUUAAUAUAUUUUCACUUUUGUUAAAUGCUUAUACCUAUCAAAUAAUUUUUGAUAUACCUUAAUUAACUUAAUAAACUAUGUUUAUACUGC